UUAUGCUUAUUGCUGGCCCUUAAGUGUUUAACGUUCUGUUUCUUUUUACAUUUCACUUUCAGUGAUUGAAAUUCCGCAUGCUGGUUCGGAAUUCGUUGAUGAGAAUGCCUCCGAUGAAGAAGUAUUUGACGACGAUGAGCCCGAAGAAGAAUGGUUGGAGGAAUGGCUGAACGAAAGUGACGAAGAUGAAGGCGAAGAUAAUCAGCAUACAGAAAAUUAUGUAACGGAUCCUCAAUCUGAAAACAUAUUAUCUAGGAAAUUACGAAUGUGGGCCCUAUCUCAUCGAAUAACCCACACAGCUAUAAAUGAUUUGCUUGGGAUCAUACGCGAGACAACGGAAUAUUACGUUCCAAUGGAUGCAAGGACGUUUCUGAAAACUCCCGUGAACGUCAGACAAAAUAUUACCACAGUGGCAGGAGGACAGCUAUGGUACCAAGGGAUCGAAAAGACGCUUCAGUGCCAUUUUAAAAACACGACGCCUACUGUGGACAAAUUUGCUUUAAAUCUCUUCGUAGAUGGGCUUCCGUUACAUAACAGUGGCCCUACGCAAUUAUGGCCAAUAAUGGCGCAGAUUCACGAGCUUCCGGAGGUGCCUGUCUUGGUGCUAGGCAUUUUCUGUGGUUCGUCGAAACCUGACAACGUGGAGGAUUAUCUUCGUCAAUUGGUAGACGACCUUAAUCGUGUUAUGGACCAAGGAGUCACAAUCAACAAAACAAAAAUUGGAAUUGAUCUUCGUGUUAUCAUCGCCGAUUCUCCCGCCCGAGCGUUCAUAAAAGGUGUGGCGAAUUUCAAUGCAGCGAACGGGUGUAUAAAAUGUAAAAUUGUGGGAAAAAAGGACAAAAAAAACCCACAGAAUGGUAUUUGAAGGAACAGCUGAACCGAGGACAAACAAGGAAUUUAGGCAAGGAGAUUAUGAAAUAAGCCAUCAGAAACGACCAACACCGUUAUUAGAUAUUAAGGAUAAAGAUAUUAUUAAGAUCUUAAGCAUAGCAGACGAUUUACACUUACUACAUUUAGGAAUAGCAAAAAAAUUAGGAAAAGGAUAUGCCGAAGGUAGUUUAGCACCGUUUCCGAAGUGGAACGAAGAAGAUAGAGAGGAAAUUUCUAAAAUUCUAGCAAAGACAAAGUUACCUGCAGAGAUAAAUAGGGCAAUGAGGCCACUGAAAUAUUUAGCUUAUUGGAAGGGGUCCGAAUAUCGUACAUUUCUCAAUCAUAUUAGCAUAGCAUUACUUAGAGGUAGAAUUCACGAUGAUGCUUAUCAUCAUUUUAAACUCUUUUAUGUUGCAAUUACAUUGUUUUCCAGCAAUCAUUUUAAAAAUCAUUGGGAUUACGCGGAAGCUCUUUUAAAACAAUUUGUUGAGGAUUUCGGUUUAAUUUAUGGCAAAUCUCACAUUACCAGUAAUGUUCACAAUCUUUUACACAUAGCUGAAGAUGUACGUGAAUUCGGACCCCUUCCAACAAUAUCCUCAUAUCCCUUUGAAAGCCGGUUAAAUUUUCUUAAAAGGCUAGUUAGAACAGGUCAUAGAACGUUAGAACAAAUAGUAUGUAGGUUAACAGAACUUAAUGAGCUAGAAGCAAGUGAAAGCAAGGAGAAAAUGGUUUAUCCAAUUAUUAAACAUAAGAAAGAUGAGGUUAAAUUGUACAUAACAGAUAAAUUUCAAUUAAGGAAAGGUGAUAGGAACGGUUGGUUUUUAACCAAAGAUAAUAAGCUUAUUAGGUAUAGUAGCGUUAAGCAGGUUCCAGGAUCGUAUAUCAUACAAGGACAUCAAUUAGCAGAAACACAACCAGCAUUUAGUUAUCCGAACCGUUCGGAAGUUAUUUAUAAUUAUAUAGGUAGAGUAUCAGAUAUUCCAACCGACGUAGUUAAAGUAGAUUUAAACAAUGUAAAAGUUAAAUUGGUAGCGGUUUCUGUUGAUGAUGGCGAAUCGUUUUAUUUUAGUCCGCUCAUGCAUACUUUAUUGGAAUAAAACAUAUAUUUAGUGAUCUGUAGCCUGGCUAGUUGGAUUACAUCCUACACAUGAAUGCAUGUAUUGCUCUCAAAUAAAAAUAAUUUCAAGAAAGGAGUCUUAUUACCAUAAAUACAGAACUUUUCGAAUAACAUAUAAUUUAAAAAAUAUAAAACAAGAUAU